GAUAUAAUAAGGAGAAAUAAAAGAACUUCUUUUGUUAGCUAUGCAGAUGUUGAUAUCAGAUAUGAAUUAUAAUUCGAAUAAAUGUCAUGAAAUCUUCCAUUUAAUAAAUGGAAACUAUUUUAAACUAUUCAUAGGAAUAGUUUAAAAAAUAUUACUUUUUAGUCGGAUAAACUAGUAGUAAUUACAUUAUUACGAUUAUAACUUAUUAUGUUAGUAAUAUAUGUAGUAUAUACAAUUAUUUAAAUUUACUCACAGGAAUCCAAAGAAAUUACAAUUCCUAAUAUGACGCUUAUAGGAGACGAUUGAAUAAUGUCACAAGUCGUAAUACUUAUUUAAUGCAUCAUUUUUUAGUAAGACGCAAACCAUGCUACUUGAUUAUUAGAGAACAGGCUAUUUCUUCUGAAUCAUCGAGUGAUCUGACAGACGAGCUGCAAAUUCAUACUCUUCUAGCAAUCUAUUGAACGACCGUACAUUUGCGUAACGAGUUAGAUAAAACUUUUGAACUACCUGAUAUUUUCAAAUCGAUCGCAUAAAUGACGAAUGUGCGCGUCGAAGGAAGUACAAAAUGUACCUUGAAGAAAUCGCAUGAGAUGUCGUAUUAAGUAUCGUUUGUUAGAAGCAAUAUUCUGUCACGAUAUACGAGGCAUUGACCUCACAAUACAUCGCUGAUCGAAAGAGAAAAGAUCGCGAUGACAGAACAAUUGACUAUAUAUCGUCAAUAUGCGUCUUUUAUAAAACGUAUACUUUUCUACGCCGGUUUAUGGCCUGCAGAAAAUAAGGAAAGCUCAUAUUUCUAUCGACAUAUACCUAUUUUGAUUAUAUUAUCUGGAAUUUUUAUGUCUUUUGGUACAUUGAGAUUUUGUCUAGAAAAUCUUGAUAAUAUCAAAGUAUUAACGAAAGGACUCAGUCCUUUAGGAAGUUUUCUUCUAGUAGCCGUGAAGGCACUAAUGUUCUUUUUAUAUCAAGAACAAUUACGCGAACUGAAUUUGAAUCUCGAAUUAAUGUUCGAAGAAAUACUUGAAAAAGUAUAUUAUCAACCUGUCAUAUUUUCAUUACUCAAUCUCUUUAAACGUCCUGCAUAUAUUUUUUACUAUUUGAUAAUAAUGACAAUAAUUUUGCUCACGUGUACACCUUUUCUAUUGAUCUGUUAUCAAGUUAUCGAGAACAUAAAUCCCAAACAUUACAUCCUUCCUUAUCCUACCAUUUUUCCAUGGAUCGAUGGUAGUCUCGGUAUACGAUAUCAAGUACAGUUUCUCUUCGAAAUCCAAAUGGGUUGGUUCAUCGUGUUUGUGACCAGUGGAGUUGAUUCAGCCUAUGGAUUUUAUAUAUUUCAAAUGAUCGGAAUACUACGUGUAAUGUCUUUGGAAUGUGAGAAGCUUGGAAAAUCGUCUAAAGAGCACGAUAUUAUUUUACGUAACUGCAUAAGAAGGCAGAUCUUACUUUUACGUUGUCGCGAUAUAAUUCAAAGUAUUUAUGGACCAGUAGUAUUGAACUUGAUGUUGACUAGUGUUGUUAUCCUAUGCGCGCUGAUAUUUCAGUUGUUACAGACAGAGAUAACUCUAGGUAAAGCUGUUGUGGCUCUUCUUUAUGGGAUUGUGAAAAUGACGCAAGCAUUUUCGUAUUCUUGGUAUGGAAGUAUUCUAACUACCGAGAGUGAAGCGUUUAGGCGUAGUGUUUAUUGUAGCGAAUGGUACCAGAAUGGAAACAUCGAACUCAUGAAAGGUGUUCUUCUUACGUUGAUACAAAAACCGAUUGUGCUAUCAGCAUGUCACUUCUUUUAUAUCUCGUUAGAUCUUUUCGUUAAGAUAUUGAAUACAUCCUUGUCAUAUUACUUUUUGUUGCAAACUUUUGAUGAAGCUAAUGAUAAACAAAAUCUUAAUAAUAUCAAAGUAUUAACGAAAGGACUCAGUCCUUUAGGAAGCUUUCUCCUAGUAGCCGUGAAGGCACUGAUGUUCUUUUUAUAUCGAGAGCAAUUACGCGAACUGAAUUUGAAUCUCGAAUCAAUGUUCGAAGAAAUGCUUGAAAAAGCACAUUAUCGACCUGUCGUAUUGUCGUUGCUAAAUCUUUUUAAACGUCCUGCAUAUAUUGUUUACUAUUUAACGAUGUUUGUAAUACUACUGUAUAUAUUUAGACCACUUUUAUUGAUCGUCUAUCAAAUUAUCAAGAACAUCAGUCCCAAACAUUACGUUCUUCCCUAUCCUGCUACUUUUUCAUGGAUCGAUGGAACUCCGAAUAUAGUUUAUCAAGCACAGUUUCUUUUCGAAAUUAUAUUCGGUUGGUUCGUGGUGUCAGUGACCAGCGGCGUUGAUACGAUUUACGGAUUUUACAUAUUUCAAAUGAGUGGAAUUCUUCGUGCCAUGUGUUUCGAAUGCGAGAAACUUGGAAAAUCGUCUAAGGAACUCGAUGUCAUUUUACGUAACUGCAUUAAAAGGCAGAUCUUACUUUUACGUUGUCGUGAUAUCAUUCAGAACGUUUAUGGACCAGUCGUGUUGUGCUUGAUACUGAGCAGUGUUAUUGUCCUAUGUGCAUUGAUAUUUCAAAUGUUUCAGACAGAGAUAAGUAUAGGUAAAACUGUUCUGUUUCUUAUUUAUGGGAUAAUGAAAAUGACCCAAGCAUUUAUGUAUUCUUGGUAUGGAAGUAUUCUUGCUGUGGAGAGUGAAGCAUUCCGACGCAGUGUUUAUUGCUGCGGAUGGUACCAAGAUGGAGACAUUGAACGGAUGAAAGAUGUUCUUUUUAUGUUGGUACAGAAACCGAUUGUACUGACAGCAUGUCAACUCUUUUCUAUUUCAUUGGAUCUUUUUGUUAAGAUACUUAAUACGUCCUUGUCAUAUUACUUUUUGUUGCAAACAUUCGAUGAGAAUAAUGAUGAAAGUUAA